CACGUUCAAAUCAGCCCUCCCGCACACCUUUUUUUCCGCCUCACCCCGCCAUUGUGCACGCAGGACCCCGUUCAUGUGAUGGCAAAGCGGGCUCCUCCGCCUCUCGUCUGUCUGUGAGGCGGCAGGGGAGAGAGGAGGGGAGACAACGUGGCGCGCAUGCAGAAGAGGACGCGCAGCACACGGACAAAGCUGAAGAGGACAUCUGUGCCAAUAUUACACGCAUCUAUCACCCCGGGCUGCGGGAGCCACCAUGAGCAUUGCGGGCUGACUCUCCUCCGGCACGACCCGCUCCCCUUGCGGGACCCCGCCGACAUGGCUUCGUUGUACCAGAGAUUCACCGGGAAGAUCAACACCGCCAAUUCCUUCCCGCAGCCCCCUGAGGCCAGCCGGCUGCUCGGCGCGCAGGUGGCGGACGAGGAGAGCAAGAACCCCGCGUCUCUGGCGGACCCGCGGCUCAGCCACGUCCAGUGCCGCAAGAAAUGCAUGCGAGAAGAUGAAGACGACCUGGUGGGGAGUGCUCCACCACAGAGGAACUGGAAAGGAAUCGCCAUCGCCCUGCUGGUCAUCCUCUUCAUCUGCUCCUUGAUUGUCACCUCCGUCAUCCUGCUCACCCCUCGUGAAGAUGACAGUCUGGCCCUCAAGAAGAAAGUCACUCUGGACGACGUCUUUGGUCCAGGCCUUCGCAUCCACGACCCCGAAGCCGUGUGGCUCAGCGGAGAAGAGCUGCUGUAUCGUACGAGGGUGGGCGAUGUUGUCAGGAUUAAUGUGGACACAGGCGAGACCACUGUUGUGGUGCCAAAACAGAUGUUUGAACGAUCCAAGGCCAGCAGGUACCAAGUGUCACCUGACCUGCAACAUGUGCUCUUUGGUUUCGACAUGAAACUGAUGUACCAGCACUCUUACGUGGCCAAGUACAUCAUUUACAGCCUCGUUACGCAGGAAACAUGGCCGCUCAAUCCUCCCGAAGUGCAUGAAGCUGUCCUGCAGUUUGCUGCUUGGGGACCUAAAGGCCAGCAGCUGAUCUUCAUCUUUGAGAACAACAUCUACUACAGAGCGACAGUAGAAAGUAGCAGUAUUCGCCUGGUUUCCAGUGGCAAGGAGGGCGAGGUCUUCAACGGGCUGCCUGAUUGGCUGUAUGAAGAGGAGAUCCUGCAGAGCUACAAGGCCCACUGGUGGUCUCCUGAUGGGCUGCGCCUGGCCUACAUGACCAUUAAUGACACGCUGGUGCCAAAGAUGGAAGUUCCCUUUUUCACAGGAACGCCGUACCCCAACACGUUGGAAUACCACUACCCAAAGGCCGGGGAGGAAAACCCUGUUGUGCACCUGUCUGUGGUGAGCCUCAACGGUCCUCUGCACACCGUGGUCAUGAAGAAACCUGACGACCCCCGCAUUGGGAGGGAGUAUUACAUCACCAUGGUGAAGUGGGCCACCAGCACCAAACUGGCCGUCAAUUGGCUGAACAGAGCUCAGAACAACUCCAUACUGACGCUAUGUGAGGCAACCACAGGAGUCUGCAUCAAGAAACACGAAGAUGAGAGCACGAGUUGGUUGCACAGACAGAAUGAAGCGCCACUGUUUUCCCAUGAUGGACACAAGUUCUUCUUCACCAGAGCAAUUCCUCAGGGCGGCAGAGGAAAGUUUUUCCACAUUUCUAUGUCCACCUCCUUGCCCAACACGAGCAGAGACAUACUGCAGUCCCUGACCUCGGGGGACUGGGAUGUCACCAACAUCUUGGCCUACAACCACCAAAGGAACCUCAUAUACUUCCUGAGCUCAGAAGAUCACCCCAAGCGAAGACACUUGUACAGCACGGACACAAUUCCUCCUUUCAACCGCUGCUGCCUGUCCUGCGACUUCAAGUGCGGCUACAUGGACGUGUCUUUCAGCCAUAACAUGCACUACUUCCUGCUCAGCUGUAAAGGGCCUGACAUUCCCAGUGUGGCUCUCUACAGGACAGAGGACAAACAGAGUGAGUUAUUUUACCUUAGACAGGUCUUCUUUUCUGACAAACGGCUGUUCACAGCUUGCGUUGUGCUCUUGCGUGCAGAGUUGUUCGACUUGGAGACAAACGAGCACGUCAACCACACGUACCACAACAUGCAGAUGCCCAUAGUGGAGAACAAGAACGUCACCAUUGACGACUACACCCUCACAAUGCAGGUUCUGAAGCCAGCUGGUUUCGUGAAGACAGCCCAUUACCCGUUACUGCUCCUGGUCGACGGGACACCCGGUGGCCAGAUGGUGACAGAGCAGUUCCAAGUGGACUGGGCCAGCGUCCUGGUCAGCAGCUUCGGUACCAUCGUCAUCCGCUUCGACGGCCACGGCAGCGGCUUCCAGGGUACCAACCUCCUCCACAAAGUGAGGGGGAGGCUGGGUAAGCUGGAGGAGAGAGACCAGCUGGAGGCACUGAGGACCAUAUCCAAAGAAUCGUAUAUCGACAAGUCUCGAAUGGGAGUCUAUGGGAAGGCCUAUGGAGGAUACUUAGCCACACUGCUGCUCAGCUCCAUGGACUUUAAUGAGCUUAAGUGUGGAACUGCUGUCUCACCAAUCACAGAUUUUGAACUUUAUGCAUCAGCCUUUUCAGAACGAUACCUGGGUCCAAAAACAGACUCCCGAGCAUACACGUUGGCCAAUUUAGCCCUGAGAGCAGGUCAGCUGAUGCAGAAGCAGUACUUGAUCAUCCACCCCACGGCAGAUGAAAAAGUUCACUUUCAGCACACGGCCAAGUUUAUCAACCAUUUAAUCAGCGAGAAGGCCAAUUACACUCUGCAGAUUUACCCAGAUGAAGGCCACUUCUUGCACGGCGAUGACACCCGGCAGCACCUGAGCCGCUCAUUGGUCAACUUCUUCGUGGAGUGCUUCCGGCUACCGGAAGUGCUGAAGGACGAAGAGGAGAAGUUGGAUGAGGACAACAGCUAGACCGGCCAUGGGCGACCACAACUAACACACGCAGCACAAAAUGCCACACCCAAACAAAGUGACACAUCUGAGCACACUCGGAAGUGCCGAACCUGCAUGUUGUGAUGGGUGUCGGCUUACGUAACUCCGUUCCUCUCAUGUCCUCACUUGCUCCAGAUCAUUGGACAUGUUGUUGAUGGAGUGCGCCCUCUGGUGGACACAUGCUGACAUCCAUGAGAAGGACUAAAACAGCCACUAAGUACACUCACUGGGCAUUUGAUUAGGUACUAUCUCAUAAUAUCCCAUUCAAAAAGAUAAUGCACAGUUUUGAUUGUUUCUAAUGUGGUGGUUUUGUCAUGAAGCUACCCUAACAUUUUAAUAUUAUAGUCAUUCUCCUAUAGAUUAAAUCAUAUAUAUAUAUAUGUGUGUGUAUACAUGUAUAUAUAUACACACACACACAUAUAUGUAUGUAUAUAUAUAUAUAUAUAUACAUGUGUGUGUAUCUAUAUACACACACACAUAUAUUUAUGUAUAUAUUACAUACAUAUAUAUAAUUAUAUACAUAUAUACACAAACCCCGUUUCCAUAUGAGUUGGGAAAUUGUGUUGGAUGUAAAUAUAAACGGAAUACAAUGAUUUGCAAAUCUUUUUCAACCCAUAUUAAAUUGAAUGCACUAAAAAGAAAA